AUCGGCAGGCCGCGACGAGUGGGAGCCCGGGCAGUCGGGCCUCACCCUACGCGGCCCCUCGCCCUGAGACCCCAGUAACCCCUGUGAUCCCUGCCCGAGAUCGCAGCUUCCGGCGUAACGACCUUAGCGCCUGCGAGCUCGGGUGUUUGCGUGAGACUUGUAGCGUGCUCCACUACUACGAAAAUUACCUUGUCACGAGUGCUUUUAACGUGCAGUUUGUAAUUCCCUGAUCUCCCAAGUUAGGAAAUUGGAGUGGGUAAUCUGUCUAUGUACGGGGAAGUCAGGAUAUGGGACUCUUCCUAUAAAAUAUUCCUUAUAAUGCGCGGAAUUUUCUUAAAGUGGGAGUUUAAAAAAAAAAAAAGAUCGACGUUCACCCGUCCGAAACUCCUGUGGAGGUGCAGCUGUCUUCACCAAUUGCUGUAACUACAGACCCGAGCAAUGGACCGGUUUUGAUAAGAUGUAAUAUUCCAGCAUGCCUGACGGAAUAUGUUCAGUCAUGGCUUCCGAACUUUGCAAGACGAUUUCUGUGGCAAGGCUUGAAAAGCACAAGAAUUUGUUCUUAAAUUACAGAAACCUGCACCAUUUCCCACUGGAGUUACUGAAAGGUGAAGGAUUACAGUACUUGGAGAGACUCUAUAUGAAAAGGAACUCCCUGACAACCUUGCCAGAAAACAUUGCUCAGAAGCUUCCAAACCUUGUGGAACUAUACCUUCACUCAAAUAACAUAGUUGUGGUCCCGGAAGCUAUUGGGUCCCUUGUGAAACUCCAGUGUCUGGAUCUCAGUGACAAUGCCUUAGAAAUUGUUGGCCCAGAAAUCGGUCGUCUGAGAGCCUUACGUCAUCUUCGAUUAGCUAACAACCAGCUGCAAUUCCUACCUCCAGAGGUUGGCGAUUUGAAGGAGCUGCAGACACUAGACAUUUCUACCAAUCGUUUGCUAACUUUACCCGAGAGGCUUCACCUGUGCCUUUCUCUGCAGUACCUCACUGUGGACCGCAAUCAGCUGUGGUCUCUGCCACGCCACCUCUGCCAGCUGCCCAGCCUCAGCGAGCUCUCCAUGGCUGGAAACCGUCUCGCAUUUCUGCCCCUCGAUCUAGGUCGAUCUCGAGAACUACAGUAUGUGUACAUGGAUAACAACGUUCACCUGAAAGGGCUGCCAUCUUACCUGUACAAUAAAGUCAUCGGGUGCAGUGGCUGUGGGGCCCCCGUCCAGGUGUCAGAGGUAAGGCCACUCUCCUUCUCGUCGCGUCAGCUGACCAUCCACCUGCCAGCCGAGGUGAAGACCAUAGGGACGGAGUGGGACCGCGUGCUACCCCUGCAGGAGCUGGCCGCGCGGAGUCUCUACCACACCCGCCACCGCUUCCUCCAAGAUUUGAACUUCCUGUCUCCCAUCUCAUUGCCCAGAAGUCUCCUGGAGCUGCUGCACUGUCCCCUGGGGCACUGUCAUCGGUGUAGUGAGCCUAUGUUUACCAUCGUCUACCCCAAGCUCUUCCCCUUGAGAGAGACGCCGAUGGCGGGGCUGCACCAGGGGGCCUCACUCAUAACUUACACCCCAGCCCCCUUCGUUUGCUUUCCUCAUCCCUGUGGCGCAGUGUUUAGAGCUGGCCCUUGACAUCCAACCAGCCCAGCUCCUCUGCUGUGAGAGUUGAGCAGACUGCCGAGCCCCUCAGGGCCUGGACAUGGGGACAGAGCAGCCCACAGCAGGGCCCUGGUCACAGCCCAUGGAGAAGACAAACACCUGCACAUCACAGAUACUCAGCACGAGGGGUUAACUUCUCUGCCUCUCUGCCUGCUCCGAACAACUAUGUUUAUCUUUUUCUUGCUCUGGAUAAUCCUAGUUGGUAUGCUUUCAGUGCCCAUUUCAACUUUCUGUGUUUUUCAAUGUUUCCCGCUUAAAGAGCCCCACUCUUAACCUUUGUAAUUUGCUGGGAUAAACAAACAAAACCCACACUCCAACUUGGAUUCUUUGCUUACCGUACAUUGAUUGGCCAGGCAGGUCACUUGGGAGGUACGAGCAAGGGUUACACACCAAGCAAGCAGUCAGGACUGCAGCAGUGUACACCCUUAGCUCACAUUCUGACACCUUCUACCUAGAGAUAGCAUCAGAUCCGAGUGUGAGGGCUCAGGCCCUGUAUUAGCUUUCCCAUCGCUGAAACACAAUACCCAGUACUCUCAAAAGGAAGUUGGGUUUAAUACAGCUCACAGUUUCAGGGGAUUCAGUCCACAGCAGCUGCUCAAGACAGAAACUUCAUGGCAGAGCAGAGCUGCUCAGUUCAUGGCAGAGCAGGGGAACUGCCCCAGACAAGAAGGAUACACAAGACCACACACCCACAAACACCCUAUAUACCCCGAACUUGCUUUACUAGUCUGCUAGAUGUUUCUUAAUCCAGUAAAGUUGACAUAUCAGGCAAUCAUCACAGGCCCCUAGGCUGCACCCCCCCACACACUUUAGAUACCAACUGCGAGCCCCAGAUUAUAUUACCUGUGCUUCUGUCCAAGCAAUGUAAAGUGAAGUUCUCACCACCUGCUCUUUGAUUUGAUUAAUUUCUUGGAGUUGCUCUCAGAACCCAGAAAAAGACUUUAAUAGGUUUAUUAUAAAGGACAUUACAAAGGGAACAGGACAAGGUAUGGGAGAGGAGUUUGGAGCUCACAUGCUCCUUCUGGGGUGCUGCCCUCCAGGAACUGCUGUGUGUUCAGCUACUCAGAAGUUUUCUAAACUCUGUCCUUUUGGGUUUUUAUGAAGACUUCAUUACAUAGGUGUGAUUGCCAGUAGACUAAGGAACCCCUGCGGGUCCUGGUGGCUGUAGCUUGGGCCCAUUCAAGGCAGUCAUCCUCCCUGGGGGGUGGGGGACAGGACAGGACCCCUCUGGACCUACUGCCACAGUCAUUCAGACAGUUUAUAGCCAGCUCCUUGACAGAAAAACAGGAAGAUUAGAGUUUCUGAGAUCCACCUUGGAGGAGGGAGUGAUGAAGCAAGAACCGAGGAACAAAACCAAAUUCUAGUGCUUCAAAUCUUAUCAGAUCAGAUAACCAAAGCUGAUGAAAUUGCAUUUAUGUUAGAAUAAAAAGGACUGGGUCAGGUUCCAAGAGUACUACGACGUGGGUACAAUUAACAAAAGAAAUAGACACACCUGUGCCAAGCAGUAUGGUAGUGAUCAAGGCUUGCACAGCCCCCAAUUUUGACUCCUGCCCUACAAGACCUGGGACAAGUGACUGAAGUCUUGUGAGCUUCGUGUGUUAUUGACAGAUAAGAUCGACCUCACGCAGUCAUUAGGAGGCUUCAGUGAGGACCCCCGUGUGCGGAGCCCAGGGAGCUGUAAUAAAUACCAAGCAAAUGGGAAGUAGUGCUGAUAAACGCAAACCAAUACUGGCAUCAUUGCAGGUGUUAGCAAUCUUUAUAGUUUCGAGAUUCUCUUUCUUAUUUUUGUUGUGGUGUUUGUCAGAAAUGAUCUUCAUAUUCACAAGGUAGGAAAGUCUGGACAAGUUCACUAAACUGCAGUCAGUGUCCUUAUACCUUGUGAUUGUACAAUUUCCUAUUGAAGACAUUACUCACUGCGAGCAUGGAAAAGAAGAUAGAAUGCUCCGUAAGUAGCCCAUCAAAUUCUAAAUGCCUGUUUUUGAAAAUAAUCUUUCUUUUUAUCAUAGUAAUUAAUUUAUGAAAGUAAAGUAGAUCCUUCAAAUGAAAUCAUUUGGGGUCUACUUUACAAGAAAUGUGGGCCACUUAAUAAGCGUUUCCAUUUUCCAUUUACGGCUGCUCAUUCUCCUGCUACCAGUUCAGUGUGAAUAAGCUUAUAUUGUUUCAGAGCAUAAAUGCAAGUGAAGUGAGUAGGUAUCAAGUGUGCCCUUUUGUGGAGUGAAGCCAGAGUGCUGUGUUAAAGGCAGAGAUGAAGUGCCAAGAUAUAAAUGUGGCUUUCUGUGGUGAGUUAAUGCUAGGGUCUGAAAUUGAGUUGGUGGCUUUCAUCUCGUCCACCAGACUGCGCGCCUUCCCAUGUUGUCAUGGAGACCGAACUAAAAGCCUUGCCUUCAGUUUCCUACCAUAUUCUUUAAAAGUACUUUAUUUUGUAACUGAAACCCAAACACUUGAAUCUCUAGUAGCUUAUUACUGAAAAUAAAACCAGUAGUUUUAAUAUCAUAAAGUCUAAAAAGUCUCGCUAAUAUUGCUUUGAAGUUUUCCCAUUGAUUCAGUCCCAUUCGCAUUGCUUGUCAUAAAAUAAUACAUUGUAUCAGCUCGUAUCUCAGUUCAUGUGGACAUCUGUCAUUAUUUU